ACAUUUGUUAGAUAAUAAAUAGCAAACAUUGGAAGAGGUGUGAAUCAGAUUAUGAUGACACGAAUAUCCGUAGUGCAGUUUGUUAAUCUCAUUAACAUCUCGCUAAAAAGCAUCCUAAUCAGCGUGGCCAGAUUUGAAACGCAAGAAGCAAGCAGCAUGAAUGCAGGGAAAACCAUUGGCUAAAAAAUGGUUUGAGUUUUGGUUAAAAUGGUUUGAGUCUUGGCUUAAAUGAUUUGAAUAUUGCUUCAAUGCAGUCAAAUGAUUCAAGAUAAAAAUAAUUUUUGCAUAAAUUAUAAUAUAAUUUUUUUAUUAAUGUCUCAUCAUGUUAUAAUGCAUACAGAUAAUGCGAGAUCAAAAUAACCUUUCAGUGCAUAAAUUUGCCGCCAAAAGUGACAGCAAAAUAUGGACAUUCUUAUCAUGUCACACAAUUAUAUAGUAAAAUUUAAAAUUUAAAUUAAUAAUUGAGUAACAUCACUGUAUUUAUUGCAUAAUAAAUAUGCUUAAGUAUGAGUAACUUGAUAUAACCAUGUCAAAGAAAAAAAGAGAUCAUGAUUGGGGUGAAAAUGGCUUUGAAGAUUGGGGUGGUUAUAUGGCUGCAAAGAAAGCUAAAUUGGAGGAACAAUUUCGAGAUACAGCCAGCAAAGAGUUUAAAGAAACAUCAAAAUUAUUUGAAGGAAUUGCAAUAUUUGUGAAUGGUUACACAGAUCCAACAUCUGAUGAGCUUAGACGUCUAAUGAUGAUGCACGGAGGUGUGUAUCAUCACUAUAUGCGUCCUAAGAUCACAACUCACAUCAUAGCAUCCAAUCUGCCGCAUUCUAAAAUAACGUUAUACAGAAAGAGUCAAAAUCCAAUUCCUAUAUGCAAGCCACAAUGGAUCACCGAUAGCAUAGCAGCUGGAAAAAUAUUGAAUUUUCAGAAUUAUUUGCUUUAUUCUAAUAGCACUAACACACAACCUCAGCUGAUAUAUAAAUUAGAUAUAAACAAAAAGGAUAAACAAGAGAUUGAAAAGUCUAAAACUUCUGUAAGUAUUGUUAACAAUGAAAAUAUAUCAAAACACAGUGCAUCUAAUAAUGCAUUGCAAUAUGACACAGCUAGCACUUGUCAAUCCACAAGUACAAAAACAAACGCACAAUGCACAAGAGAUGCUGAAUUUUUGUCGGCAUUUUACAGUAAUUCGAGAUUACAUUAUAUCGCCACCAUGGGAACCACUUUUAAAGAUUAUGUCAAUGAGUUGAGGGAUAAAAGUGACGGGACGUUUCUCGGAUGUGAGCGUUUAGCAAAAUUGAAAAGAGCCAAAAAUGUUUUAGCUUUAGCUGAUCAUGAAUCAGAUUCUGAGGAUGAAAUAAUUUGCCUUGGAGAUGGCAAUAAGAUAAAACAGAAGCAAGAACCUGUUAUAAUGCACAUUGAUAUGGACUGCUUUUUCGUGUCUGUGGGGAUUAGAAAUAGACCGGAAUUGCAAGGACUACCAGUAGCGGUAACGCACGCAAAAGGCAAUACGUUUUCAGCAAAUUAUGAUGGCAAAGAAGAUUUUGGAUCGUUAUCGGAAGUAGCUUCAUGCUCGUACGCGGCCAGAAAGGCUGGCGUGAAAAAUGGCAUGUUUUUGGGAGAAGCGUUGAAGCUGUGUCCGAAUCUAAAGACGAUUCAGUACGAUUUCGAAGGUUACAAGGAAGUUUCCUACAUAUUAUACGAUACUGUAGCAUCCUAUACAUUAGAUAUUGAAGCAGUGAGUUGCGACGAGAUGUAUGUGGAUUGUACGAAAAUUUGUGAAAUGUCUGGGCUUUCACCGUUGGAAUUUGCCACUAUAAUUAGAGAAGAAAUAAAGCAGAAAACAGGUUGUGCAGUGUCCACGGGAUUCGGGAAUAACAAGCUGCAGGCGAGAUUGGCAACGAGAAAAGCCAAACCCGACAAUCAAUUUUACCUAAGUAGUCAAGAUGCGGAAACAUAUAUUCAGUCUCUUAAUGUACGAGAUUUACCAGGAGUUGGUAGAACAACGACACAUAAGCUACAUGAAAUGAAUGUACGUACGUGCGGGGAAUUACAGAAGAUUUCGUUGGGAGUUUUACAGAAGGACUUCGGUAAAAAGAUAGGAGAGCAAUUGCACAAAAUGUGCCGCGGCUUGGACGACACAAAGCUGAAUCUGGAACAUGUUAGGAAAUCGGUAUCCGCUGAAGUUAAUUAUGGCAUAAGAUUUCAGAACAACGGCGAUGCCAUCGAGUUUUUGAGCAAGUUAUCUACAGAGGUCUGUAACCGAUUAACGGCAGCUCGCGCAAAGGGCAGAUGCAUCACGUUAAAACUCAUGAUCAGAGCGGAGGAAGCACCGAAAGAAGCCGCGAAGUUCAUGGGUCAUGGCCUCUGCAAUUAUUUAACGAAAUCAAAGAAUCUUAUAGCGGCCGUUGAUGACGUCAGUAUUAUUAAAAAAGAAGUUAUAAGCAUUUGGAACCAGUUGCAUUUGACACCCGAGGACAUGAGAGGAAUCGGCAUACAAAUCUCCAGACUAGAAGUAUGCAAGACUAAGCAGAAUAAAAGCAAUUUGAUAAAUUUUUUUAAUAAAACGGAGAAGCUGCAAACGUGUGAGAAAACAUCGGAAAACGAUGAUCAAUGUGACUCGGAAUGUAGCAAAGAAUCUAAACUGAUGAGUUUUAAAGUGCCUUUGAGUAAUGAAUUAUCAUUAGCAACGAAAAAUACUUGUGAUAAAAAAAGUAAUAUUUUGCAGCCGGAAUCGGCACAACUUUCUGAAUCUAUACACAACGCUGAACAUACAGCUGUUCCGCCUGAUACUCAAGCCGAACCGUCGACAUUUGCAGUUAAAGCGAAAAAUAAAAAAUCAACCAAUCAUAAGGCAAACGACAAUGUUACUAAAGUGAAAGACUUGUCUGGAAAAUCAAGUAAGAAACCAGUACAACGACAGACAUCGCAGGAGAACUUUUUUAAACAAGUGAAACCAAAUAGUGGAAAAUCAUCAAAAUAUGAAGUGCCACGAAUGCAAGACAUCGAUAUGUCGGUGUUAAUCGAGCUACCCACAGAUAUAAGAAAUGAGAUACUUGACGAAUACAAACGAAGUAAGAAACAGCCUCAAACAGCAGCAGAUGACACAAAUAUAGCUAAGCCGGUGAAUGAAUUUUCGUGUAACAAAGAGAGUUCAAAUAUACAGGAUUGUUCGCAAAUUGAUCCAGACGUUCUAUCAGCUUUAAUGGAAAGCGAUUUGCAUCCCGAUGUACAGCGUGAUGUACAGAUGUACUGUAAUAUGAAAAAAGAAGCAAGUAGAGUAAAUGGUAAAACAACAAAAAGCGAUAAUCCAAAUAAGUCGACUGAGGAAUUGCAAAGAGCGGGGCCGUCUUUAAAGAUCGAUAACGAAGAUGUGAAAUCUAUUGUAAAUAACAAUUGUAUAAAUAAAAAUGCACGUGUAUCACAACGGGAUACGAUAUUGCUGCAUGCAAGAGAGCGACUAUCGGAGGAAAAUGAUGCCAACGAAGCAAAAUUCGCAUCGUGUCAAAUUAAUCAUGUUGAAAUUUCAGGCAAUAAUGCUGUGGUGGAUAAAGCCGAUACCUUUAUUUUACAGAAUUUAAGUAUUUUACAUAACAAUGAGAACGUAGAUAAACAUCAGGAAAUGCUGAUUAAUCUCGUGAAUCAUCUCUUCACCCUUCCAUUACAACAGGGUGAUGUCUUUUUUUUUAUCCACGAAUGUUCGGUGUUCAGAUCUCUCAAUCUGUGUAAAAGCAGCACAUGUAAAAUAUUAGUACGUGAAUUGCGAAUAUGACCAUCAUGCCGAACAUUAAAUGGUAACUGUGACAUUGGCACAGUAACGAGUAAAACCAUGGAAGAUUCGUAUCUGGUGAUUUAAAAACUGAUGUCAAUAAUAUUCCAUGAAAAUUAUUUUAGCUUAUCACAGUACGUUGCGCGGUGCGAUUUUAUUUCGGUAUUUUCAUUUUUUGGAUUCAUCCUUAUUGUACACUUAGAAAUAAUAACUUUGAAAACUUAGAUCUAGUUUACAAACAAACGUGUGCAUUAUUGACGCUCUCUUUUCUUUUUUUUUUUAUACGUGUACCGUCGAAAUAAAUAUUAAUAUGAAGCUCUCUCUUAAACUACAUUCAAUAAUUAACAAAAGAGUAAAAGUUAAACAGAUAUCUUUAGCAGAAUUCAAAAAAUUCCUAUUAAAAAUGAUCAAUAUAUAAGUGCAUACUUAAACAU